AUGCCAAGUCCAACUCUCAAGACAAACACUCGAACACAAAUGAAUUCAAAUACAGACACUACUAGCAGCGUCUCGGUGUCAUCUCCAACUUUCGCUCCGUCAUCCACAUCAAACCAGCCAAGUAAAUCCAUAUUUGACAAAAUCUCAUCAAGAAUAUCGACCAGCGGUAAUAAUAAUCAACAUUCAAACAGCUCGCAGGAUGGCAAUAAUAGUAUUAAACGUGGCCUUUCCAUGAGAUUUUCAAAAGCCAUCGGCUCAAAGGUAUUAUUCCGGCCCAAUGAUUCAGAUUUUUCGAGCCUAUCCAAAGUUGAUCAACCACUAGUGGAGUUUGAAUCAUCAAGGGCACAAAAGACUCGUAGUGUGUCCAUCAUGGUUCCUAAUUAUGACCUUGCUGAAAAACAAGGAAUUAGUCGCCAAGCCAUCUUGGAAUCGGAACGAGUGACCAACUUUAAACUCCAAAUGAAAAAGAGGAAACAAAAAGGACGAACCUCCUUUGCUCAUUUGAUCACUAAACGAACCAUCUCAACAAGAGGUAGAAAUAAUUCGGACGAUUCAGAUCUGGUUGAAUGCAAAUAG